AUGUAUAUAUAUAUCAGGACUUCUGACUGCUUUUUUAACUCAAAUGGAAGGGUUCAUCAAGUAGCAGACACGACAAGUCCGGGAAUGUCAGAUAUUAGAAAUGUGUCCGGUUCGGCAGGACCCGAAUCAGAAGUAAUUAAAGAAAAACAAUAUGAGAUUGUAGAUAACUACUCUGUCGAAGAAGGAGACGUCAGCACAACUUCUAUUGCAUUGGAAGAUGUCCACGCUUACAAUGAUCACGGCUAUCACAGACAACUGUCUAUCAAACAAGUUACAAUGAUCACCUUUGGUGCAGGUAUUGGUACUGGUUUUUUCAUUGGAUCAGGUGUAGCGCUUCUAAAGGCUGGUCCUUUAGGUCUAGUCCUUGCAUAUACAAUAAUGGCAACAAUGGUUUACCUCAUGUAUAUGAGUGUUGGGGAAAUGACUGCUUAUAUGCCUGUUCCAGGUGGUUUCAUUAAACAAAUGGCAUUAUAUAUGGACCCAGCAUGGGCUGUCGCUCUGGGAAUCAAUUUCUGGUUUGAUUGGGUCAUUGUGUUACCUGCAGAAGUCACUGCAGCUCUAUCAAUUUGUCGUUUCUGGGAUACAGAUUACAAAGUGCCUGACGCUGCUUAUUUAAGUAUAUUUCUGGUAGUAUUGAUUGUGGGUAACCUAUUUCCUGUCCGCGUAUAUGGCUACAUUGAAUAUGUGCAAUCAUUUAUGAAGCUGUUUGUUAUUACAGGAUUGUUAAUCUUUUUAUUCGUUGCAACUUGUGGUGGUGUGCCAGGAAGUGAAUACCAUAAGGGCCGUAUCUUUUUCCAAUACUGGAAAAACCCAGGUCUAUUCAACUACGGAUUUAAGGGGGUUUUGAGCGCUUUUGUACAAGCAGGUUUCUCAUUUGGAGGUGGUGAGCACAUUGCUACGCUUGCUGGUGAAUCCAAAAACCCACGUAAGACAGUGAAGAGCUGUAUUACACCAGUGUUUUUAAGAAUGUGUCUAUUUUUCGUGGGUAACAUGUGGCUGAUCACAAUGAAUGUCCCUUACAACGACCCUCAUUUGGCUAACGGCAGUGGGACUUUGAAGUCACCAUUUGUGAUUGCAACCAUUAGAGCACUUGGAGAAGGAAAUCCUUUGGCAAGUAUCAUCAAUGCGUUCAUUUUGUUGACUGUGAUCUCCUGUGGUAACGCCGGUAUUUACAUCGCAUCCAGAAAUCUGGUUGCCUUGUCGGAUAUGAACUUGAUCAGCAAAUUCUGGGGCCGCAAGGAUGCUCAAGGUAGACCCUACGUUGCCUUGACUGUUACAAUCGUAAUUGGUGUUGCUCUAACAUACAUUAAUCUUUCGGAUACCGGUGUGACAGUUUAUGGUUGGUUCUCAUCGCUGGUGUCGAUGGCUAACUAUAUCACGUGGUUCUCCAUCAUGGCAGCUCUCAUCAGAUUUCGGAAGGGUCUAGCUGCACAAGGAAUUGACUAUAAGACGCUACCAUUUGUGAACAGCAUUGCUCCUCACGCACAGUGGGUAGGCUGCGUAAUUAUUGUAUUAAUCAUCAUCGGCCAAGGCUACUUGGCAUUGUUCCCUAUCCAUGAGAAACCUAGCGCCAAAAACUUUUUCGCCUCAUAUCUGUCCGUUCCUCUCUUUUUCUUCAACUAUGUUGGCUAUAAGUGGUGGUACAAGACUAAAUGGAUAAAGCCCGAGGAAAUGGACUUUUCCGAAGCUGCUUACUUCGAUGCUCUAGACAAGAUCGAGGAAAAAAAGAAAAGAAAAAUUCUCAUUCCAAGGUUACCUGGAAGACACCACUGGAGGGGUUGUACAGGUAUUUUCUUACAUAGUUGUGUUUUGUGUUUUACUGCCGAGUUUAUGCCAUCUAUAUAUAUAUAUAUUCCCGAACAAUAG